CAGAGUCCAGUGAAAGACUUGCUUGUUACUUUCUGAAUUCUUGGAUAUUUUUUUUUUUGCUUUUCGCUAACUUUCACUGAAGGUUACUGUAGUCUGUGCGCCAAGGCCAGAAAAUUUGACAGGCUGCACCUUUUGUUAUACUCAAUGGUAUAUGCCUUAAUUCCAAGGGUAAUCUAUAAUUGUAUUUAAGAAUGUCUUCUAGUUCUGAUUCUAACGACGUACAGGAAUCUAUAAAACAUGGAUUUACAACUAUGGGUGCUGGGCUCCCGGACGGACACGGACCCCCGACCCCGGCCCGCGGCCGUCCGGUCAUGCUGCCUAAAGUGGAGACAGAAGCGCUGGGUCUCGCCCGAUCGCAUGGGGACCAGGGGCCGAUGCCGGAAAACAUGCAAGUGUCUCAGUUUAAAAUGGUGAAUUAUUCUUACGAUGAAGAUCUCGAAGAACUCUGUCCAGUCUGUGGAGAUAAAGUGUCCGGGUACCAUUAUGGGCUUCUCACCUGUGAGAGUUGCAAGGGCUUUUUUAAACGAACAGUCCAGAAUAACAAAAGAUAUACAUGCAUAGAGAAUCAAAACUGUCAGAUUGACAAAACCCAGAGAAAGCGUUGCCCUUACUGCCGAUUUCAAAAAUGUCUAAGUGUUGGAAUGAAGUUAGAAGCUGUAAGGGCUGACCGAAUGCGUGGGGGAAGAAAUAAGUUCGGACCAAUGUACAAGAGAGACAGGGCUCUGAAACAACAGAAGAAAGCUCUGAUCCGAGCAAAUGGACUCAAACUGGAAGCCAUGACGCAAGUGAUCCAAGCGAUGCCCACCGACCUGACAAUAUCUUCUGCAAUUCAGAAUAUCCACUCUGCCUCCAAAGGCCUACCUCUGAACCAUACUGCCUUGCCUCCUACGGACUAUGACAGAAGUCCCUUUGUCACCUCUCCUAUUAGUAUGACAAUGCCACCUCAUGGCAGCCUGCAAGGUUACCAAGCCUAUGGACAUUUUCCAAGCCGAGCCAUCAAGUCUGAGUACCCUGACCCUUACACUAGCUCUCCAGAGUCAAUAAUGGGCUACUCAUACAUGGAUAGUUACCAGACCAGUUCUCCCGCAAGUAUCCCUCAUCUGAUACUGGAACUCUUGAAGUGUGAGCCUGAUGAGCCUCAGGUCCAGGCAAAAAUCAUGGCAUAUUUGCAGCAAGAACAAGCCAACAGAAGCAAACACGAAAAGCUCAACACCUUCGGGCUUAUGUGUAAAAUGGCCGACCAAACCCUCUUCUCCAUUGUUGAGUGGGCCAGGAGUAGCAUCUUUUUCAGAGAACUGAAGGUUGAUGAUCAAAUGAAGCUACUUCAGAACUGCUGGAGUGAACUCUUAAUUCUCGAUCACAUUUACCGACAAGUGGUACAUGGGAAAGAAGGUUCAAUCUUUCUGGUUACUGGGCAACAAGUGGAUUAUGCAGUAAUCGCCGCCCAGGCUGGGGCCACCUUAAAUAGCCUCAUGAGCCACGCCCAGGAGCUAGUGGCAAAACUCCGUUCUCUGCAAUUCGACCUGCGAGAGUUCGUGUGUCUGAAAUUCCUGGUGCUCUUUAGUUUAGAUGUCAAAAACCUUGAGAACUUCCAGCUGGUGGAAGGGGUGCAGGAGCAAGUGAAUGCUGCUUUGCUGGAUUACAUAAUGUGCAACUACCCCCAGCAGACAGACAAGUUUGGGCAGUUGCUCCUUCGGCUCCCAGAGAUCCGGGCCAUCAGCAUGCAGGCCGAAGAAUACCUCUACUACAAACACCUGAACGGGGAUGUGCCCUGUAAUAAUCUGCUCAUCGAAAUGCUGCACGCCAAGAGGGCAUAAAAUCCUGCGUCCUCUCAGCGCUUCUGCUUUCAAAAGAGAAAGAAAGACGGGGAGAGAGGAAGGGAGGGAGGAAGAAGGAAAGUCAUACUCUGAUUGCUCCAAGCAACGCGGAUGAAAAACUUGGUUUUAAGACAUUGAAAAGUGGUAGAAUAAUCCAAUACUUAAUAGUCAGUAAGUGAUGUAUCAGGGUAUUUGUAUUGCAAACUGUGAAUCAAUCCCCAAUGAAUCCACAUGGGACCUUGCGAUGGGAUGGAAUGUGCUCGUUGCGGGGGGGGAGGGGGGAGGGGCAUACCAUCGCUGGGGCAGCAAGGAAGGACCGAACAAUUCUUGUAUAUUUAAACUGAUCUCCACGAUGAAGAAACUUAGGAACAAACUGGUCUGUGAUAUUAAGCUGGCAGAGAAGGAAAUCUGCACGCGCUAGAUUCCUUCAUUGCUAGAGGGAGUGAAGACAAAUUGCAAGGAUGCAAGCCACUCCUACGAUAGAGUCGGAACUCUCCUUCCAAGAAGCCAACACCUACUCUCCUAUGAUCACGGCUGGGGUCUCUAUGCAGGAAUCGGAAAGGAAGACCCAGGUUGGGCCACCUUCUCGAGGUCUGGGUCCGAAGCCUGCCAAUUGGUGAAAAGAACAGUCCGUCCUUAAGUUAGUUCGCCAUUCUUAAUGUGGUCUAGAGUUUGCUUUGUCACAUGUUCACAUUGUUGAAACCGGGCAGUAUCCCCCUUCUGGUCUCCGGGAGCAUCAUUAAGGGGUGAGGCCUCAAACAUCUGGGGCAGCUGCUCCAACGCUUCACCCCAAUUUGAUCUGAUUUCUUGUCCGAUGUCUUAGGUACAGCCGUAAGCUGCCAUUAUUUCGAUCGUUCUCUUAUUCUUGCUGAAAGGCCUGUGAGGGCAGCAGAAAAUUGGUCGUCUAACAUCGUGUCUGUGGUACAGUUGAAAAUAAAGUUUUUCUGUAAAUUCAGAUCAUCUCAUUUCUAAAUCCUUCCAGUCAACAUUACAGCAUGUGAAAGCAGGCAAAGCUGACUGAUAUCAAAGAGCUUUGUGGCUUCAGUCAUCACACAUGGUAAAAACCCAUGGCAAAGAAGGGGCACUUACCAUUUGUCCAGGAAAAGAAAAAUAAAGUUCAGUAACUAAAGUCUUUGCAAAGGAAAAAGAAGAGGGAUACUGCCACUUCUAAGUAGACCAAAGUCUGCUGCAGAACAAAUACUGGAGAACAAACAAUUCCAAAAAUCCCUUUCCAAACGAAGAUAUCAGUAUUAUUAUUAACAUUAUAAUGCACAGUUAUGAAAGUCUUGCCUUAUUUCACUUUCCUAAAAGGUAACUGUGCAGGUGUGGAACAACAUCCAUUUAGAAUAAAGUAUUGAUGCUUUAAAUUCAAUUAAAACCUAGUGUUUACAUUCUUUAGGUCCUGUGGGGAAAGACUGUGAUACGACAAAUUGCAAAGCAGUGAUUUCCUUAAUGUUGCUUUCUGAUUGGUAAUUAUUUUACCAGUACUUAAUUACUGUAUGUCGUGAGACACUAAAAUCAAAAAGGGAAUCUCAUUUAGACUUUAAUUUUUUUUGAGAUUAUUGGCUGCACAAUCACUUGUAGAAACUGUAAAAACUCCUAGUCCCUUAAUUUUUUUUUCAUAAAGAAUGCUGGCUUUUGAAUAGUUUAUUUAUAUUGUAUAUCAUAGUUUCAACUGUAGACAAUUAUGAUGCUAAUUUAUUGUUCCUUGGUUUCACCUUUGUAUAAGAUAUAGCCAGAAUGAAGAAGCCAAAUAUAUGUGUUUACUGUAGCAUGUUUUCAAGUUAGUGGAACAUAGUUCAGGGACAUACAAGGGUCUUUAUGAAUUCAAAUCAUUCACUUGAUUAAAUGUCUGUAAAUCCUUGAUCCUUAAUGUAGUUUAUUUAAAAUCUAUUGUAAAUGAUGUGACUUGUAGCUUCCUCUGUUUCAAGUGAACUUAACAAGGGGCACUCAUAUCUUAAAUUCUUUUCCAAGCAUUGUACAUUGUAUACCAAAGACAUCAAUUAGUACUUCUGUAGUAGUACAAAAGAGAUUAUUUUAUCGCCUGUAUUAACCAGCUCUAAUACGCUGUCCGAGUGUAGGGUACAAACCUAGCUAAGCUUAGCUCCUGCCGCUCUUUGUCGUGUGUCCCCAGUGUCACACCAAGCCGCUAGCAUUUUCCUGUUCAAAAGAAAGAAAGAAAAAAAAAAGGAUUCCAUCAGAUUGUCCAAACUAGUAGAUCAGUAAUGGGUGAAUAUGUCACCUGCUUUGCAGCCCAGCUCCGUGUCUUCUGGGUGGCCCAGGGGAGCAGAGGUGUUACCAAAAGGCAGGAAAGUGGUCAGAAGAUGACUGCACGAUAUGGGUAGAGAAGUCUUUUCUUUUUUGACAUUUCAAGCAAACACAUUACAUUCUGUAAGUUCUGAAUAUUUUUUAAUGGAAAAAAAAAUCCAGUGAGCCUCACUGAAUAUCACAGCUUAAAAAAAAAAAUCAAAUAGUCAUGUCUUGUUAACUCUACAUGGAGAGCCAUGAUCUCAGUAAAGAGGAAAUGAGGAAAGAGGGUCUGAAAGACAAACCCUAGUGAACAUCUGCAUCCACAACGAUGUUCUUGCAGGUUCAGAACCAGGAUGGAAAUUAUCUAGUAUCUGCGGUUCCAAGAACCCCUCUGGCUUGCCCCAGGUUUGCAAACUCAAUUUCUCUAAUGUUAAUUGUUAACCACUUUGUAACUGGACAUUUACUUAUUAUUGCCUUAUCGAUUACAGGAUGUGUUAGUAAAAGAGUAAAAUACAAAGGUUUUGGCUUUGGCUGGUUUAUUAUAGUUGUUCCAUGUUUGUAAACAGACAAUCUGUAAUGUCUGAAUAUUUGUAUUACAGAUGUUCUGCAGCUGCCUUGGAUUUGAAUCCAUGCAACGUUAGAGUGUGCAGUUAGUUACUUGUUGAAGUUCUCUUACUGUAUCAGUGAAAUACAUAUUGUCAUGUCACUUCUUGCCAGGAGUUUCUCAACACCGAUGGAUUUUUUUUUCAGUAUUUCAAUAAAUAUUGAUAUCCCCA